AUGUCUGCCCAGAACUCCGCCGGCAUACAGACUCUCCUCGAUGCGGAACGCGAGGCGCAGAAGAUUGUUCAGAAAGCCAGAGAAUAUCGCACAAAACGAGUCAAAGAUGCACGAAGUGAGGCGCAGAAGGAGAUAGAAGAAUAUCGGAAGCAGAAGGAAGAGGAGUUCAAGAAGUUUGAGAAGGAGCACAGUUCAGGAAACAAGAAGGCGGAGGAGGAUGCGAACAAGGAGACUGAGGCAAAGAUCAAGGAGAUUGAAGAGAUAGGCAAGAAGUCGAGCAGCAAGGUCGUCGAACAGCUACUUGCUGCGGUCACAAACGUCAAGGCGGAACCCAUAAAGCCACAGUGA